CAACUUGCAUCUUGGCAGUGGUGACACAGUCGCUGACGUUGGAGUUGCUAUUGCUAUUGCCAUUGUCACUGCCAGCUCUUCUCUGCUCUGCGCUGCUCUGAUAGUGGCCAUUCAUUCUCCCGUUACUCAACACCAAGCUUGCCCCCAAUGGCACGGUCUGCGGCCUCGACGGCCACCAAGGAGGCCACUCCUCCGGCCAAUGCUUCGUCUGCGCCUCAACAAGAACAAGACAAGCUCGACUUCCUCUGGACCUACACCGAAGAACCGCACCGCACGAGGCGUCUCGCCAUCAUCAAGGCCCAUCCCGAGGUCCUUAAGCUAUGCGGCCCCGAACCCAUGACUAAAUAUGUUGUUGCCGGCGUUGUUGGUCUGCAAGUUGUGCUCGCCUAUCUCCUGCAGUCAACGCCCUUCUGGUCCCUGAAAUUCUGGGCCAUCGCAUACAUCUUUGGCGCCACUGCGAACCAGAACCUCUUUCUGGCGAUCCACGAGAUCUCCCACAAUCUUGCUUUCAAGAGUCCUCUGGCCAAUCGCUUGAUCGCCAUGUUUGCCAACCUGCCCAUUGGCAUUCCUUACAGUGCUUCUUUCAGACCAUACCAUCUCACUCACCACAAGUCCCUCGGUGUGGAUGGCCUGGACACUGAUCUGCCCACCGCUCUGGAGGCCAUUGUGCUCAACUCCAUCCUCGGCAAGGCAUUCUUUUGCACCUUCCAAAUCUUCUUUUAUGCCAUCCGCCCCAUGACGGUGUAUCGCGUGGACUUGACCAAGAUCCACUUCCUAAACAUUCUUGUUCAGCUCUCCUUUGACGUCGUCCUGGUUCGCUUUACUUCUUACAACGCCCUCCUCUACCUGCUGCUCUCCUCCUUCCUGGCUGGCAGCUUGCAUCCCUUGGCUGGCCAUUUUAUCGCUGAGCAUUACGUAUAUGAGACCAUUACCCCCACUCAGCGCAAUCCUGACAACAAAAUCCCUCUUCCGGAGACCUUCUCGUACUAUGGUCCUCUCAACUUCCUUGCCUACAAUGUUGGAUAUCACAACGAGCACCACGACUUCCCCGCUAUCCCUUGGACACGGCUUCAUUCCCUGUAUGAAAUUGCCAAAGAGUUUUAUGAGCCUCUGCCUCACCACCAGAGCUGGACUUAUGCCAUCUGGCGAUUCAUCUGGGACGACAACGUUGGUAUGAGCUGCCGUGUCAAGCGAAAGGAGGGUGGCCGUUUGGUCGGCGGUGGCACCAAGUGGAAGGAGUCUGAAGUCGAGGCCUAAAGAUCUAGUAAAAAUGAUCAAGGUGUUUCAUGUCCCUUUUGUACAGUCGUCUUGGUGAGCUCAGUGCUCGGCUCGGGAAGGCUAGAAUCUUGUAAUAAGCGUUUUUGGAGAUAUAUAAAAGUGCUCCGUCUCCUUACCCUUUGGCGUUUUAAGGAGCAUGGGUAGAAUCCAAUACGAGGGAUCAGCUGAGACGGAUUAACACAUCUAGAUGCAUCUAGAAGAGGGCUAUAGAUUCUAGACUGGCUAUGAGAAAUGAAGUUUAUUGCUAUUUGA